AUGGCAGAAUGUGCUGCAGCAACUGGAGAUUUAUAUUCUUGCUUUUCCUCUGAUGUUCACCAGAUAGGACUGAAUCAUCUUCUUGUCAACCAAGUGGAAGCUUGUCUCCCUUCAGCUCAUCACAAGGACUUCCAACGGGGCUCUGUACAAGAAAAGAUGAGCGGUGAUCUCAGCUCACUACACACCGAGGUACAGAAGGAUCAGCAGGUCACAGUCACCUCCAGCUCUGCCCCAGAGCCACUGCCCCAACGCAGAAAGAGAACAGUCUACCGCCAGGCACAGCUGGAUGCCCUAGAGCAGUUCUUCCAAAGCAACAUGUACCCAGACAUCCACCACCGGGAGUACCUGGCUACACAGAUUAAUUUACCUGAGUCAAGGAUACAUGUCUGGUUCCAGAACAGGAGAGCAAAGGUCAGACGUGAUGGGCGCAAUUCUACCCUGUUUCCUAUGCUUAGAGAGCAAUGUUCAAGCACCCCAGUAGUCAACAAGGACAUUUCCUCUUCUUUGACAAUGUCCCAUCUUUCAAAGGCUUGGUGUCAGCAGGAAAAAUUACAUGAACCACCUCAUCAAGACCAACCAGAGUGGAAAUCAAAGCAAUAUUUUGGUAACCAAUCUCAUGAAACGUCACAUACUAUGAGCAGGCAGAAGAUUCUAGUGCACCAUCUCAACACAUCAUCCAGUGUGUUAUCUGCAAAUCGCACUGGGAACUGGCACAAUGUGAACAGAGGUAGACCCGUAAUCGCUGGCUUUCAAAACAAAGUGAUGGACCUCAGUGUUAGACAUGUAUCUAUGAAUGCUGAUUUCAAGAUAGACUAUGAUAAUUUCCCUCCCAAUAGGACCAUUGGACCAGAGAUGAAUGUAGUAAUUCCACCAAUCCCAAGUUCAAAAUCGUCAACAGAUGAAAAGAGAAAUACUGAUUUCACAAAGAAGAAGCCACACUUGACUAUUGGCUACAAUGGACAAUACACUUCCUUUCCAGGCUCUGGAGAUAGUGACAGAUCUACAGAUCUUAAAACAGACUGGAAAAGAAGAAGUUUGAUUUCUGUUUAUCAUCAUUUGGAUUAA